AAAAAGAGAAAAAGUUGGGUCUGAUUUGCUGGAAUCGCGCAGGACCGAAGGUGCACCGGUCGAUUUCAUAUCAAGUUUGGUCAAAGCGGGGGUGAACAUCACACACCCGGCGCCCUCUGAAGCUCCCCGUAAUGCUUUUAUGAGAUAUCCGCGCACUGAGACGCGCUCAUGUAGGAGAGGAGUAUCCAGCACCGCCACCUCCUCCACCACCACCACCACCACCACCACCACCGCAGCAGCAGCAGCAGCAGCAGAAGCGGCGGCAGCAGCAGCGCAGUCCGCACCGGCUCCACCGCUACAACCCGCAAGUGCUCACAUCGUGCAUGUCAACUUAAAAAGACAGAAAAAAAAAAAAAAAAGAAGAGACAAAUCUCCUGCGUUAAAUCUCAUUUUCUCUGCGGUGACGACAAUCUUUGGAUCGCAAAAGAAAGAGAAACAAGACAAAAAAAAAAUCCAUGGAUGUCCUUGGAUAAUUUCGCUUUUUUUUUUUUUUGCUCCACGCGGAUAGCUGCUGCUCCACACUCUCGCACGGCGCACGUCGCUCCAGGAAUGGCGCGAUAAAGUGAUCGGAGGAAUCAGUCCAAGUGCAUUGACUUUCUGUGUGUAGCCGGCUCGUCAUGUAUUCUCCGAUUUGUCUUACUCAGGAUGAAUUUCAUCCCUUCAUCGAGGCACUUCUCCCUCACGUCCGUGCCAUCGCCUACACGUGGUUCAACCUCCAGGCCCGAAAACGCAAGUACUUCAAGAAGCACGAGAAGCGGAUGUCCAAGGAUGAGGAGCGCGCGGUGAAGGACGAGCUCCUGAGCGAGAAGCCCGAGGUGAAGCAGAAGUGGGCGUCCAGGCUGCUGGCCAAGCUGCGGAAGGACAUUCGGCAAGAGUACCGGGAGGACUUUGUCCUCAGCGUGACGGGCAAGAAGCCGCCGUGCUGCGUGCUCUCCAACCCGGACCAGAAGGGCAAGAUCCGCCGAAUCGACUGCUUGCGGCAGGCCGACAAGGUCUGGCGCCUGGACCUGGUGAUGGUCAUCCUCUUCAAAGGCAUCCCUCUGGAAAGUACAGAUGGCGAGCGCCUCGUCAAGUCUCCACAUUGCACCAACCCAGCACUUUGUGUCCAGCCGCACCACAUUACAGUAUCGGUCAAGGAGCUGGACUUGUUUCUAGCAUACUAUGUGCAGGACCAAGACUCGCAGCAGUCAGGAAGUCCAAGUAACAAUGAGCCAGGCAAGAACCCUCUUCCAGUGUAUCUGGAGGACAGUUUCAUCAAAUCAGGAGUCUUCAGUGUUGCAGAACUGGUGCGAGUGUCCAGAAUGCCCAUCACCCACGGCGCGGCGGUUAACUUCUCCAUGGCGGACAUGCCCAGCCAACCCUACUACCACGACCUGAACUCCAGCGUGGGGCUGCACCGCUCCCUCUCCUCGCCUCCCGGCAGCAAAAGGCCCAAAACCGCCAACAUGGAGGAGAACAUGGACACCAGCCCGACGGGACCCGACUUCUACUCGUCGCCCAGCUCGCCAGCCAGCAGCCGGGCGAACUGGCACGACCGAGACGGAGCAGACAUGUCCUCCCCCACCAUGAAGAAGCCGGAGAAGCCGCUCUUCAGCCCCACCUCCCCGCAGGACUCCUCGCCACGACUCAGCACUUUUCCUCAGACUCAUCACCCGGGCCUAACAGGUGUAGGACACAGUGUUAUAUCGACGAGGAGCCCCCCUCCGCACUCGCCCCUGCAGUUCUCGGCCUCGGCUAUCUUGCCCCCGGCGCCGUCGCCCUAUUUCUCGCACACCACCAUCCGCUACCCGCCUCACCUCAACCCUGCUGAUCCCCUCAAGAGCUACGUGCCGUCGUAUGACCCGUCCAGCCCACAGAGCAGCCAGCCUAACAGCAGUGGUCAGGGCGUCGGAAAGGUCCCGGGCCACUUCACCCCGGUCCUGGCUCCCUCUCCGCACCACGGCGCCGUGCGGCCCGUCUCGCUCUCCAUGCCCGACACCAAGCCCAUCACCACAUCAGCAGAAGGCUACUCAGCCCCCGGCACCCCGACGGCUAACCGUUUUGUAGGCCUGAGCCCUCGAGAUCCCGCCUUCCUCCACCAGCAACAGUCCUGGUACCUGGGCGAGCUUAGUUCCAUUCCAAGUGUCGAACGGGACUCCGAUUCUGCCAACAAAUGUCCACCAGAACUACAGCAUAAACAUCAUUGGUGAGCCCCUGGUCCCCGCCGAGACAGGGAACUGAUCGCACGGAGGCCGGACGACCUCCCCCCCGCCCUUCAUCCCUCCCUCCCCCACCCCCCUCCCUCCCCCCGCGGCUCCUUCAGGGCGGAUGGUGUGGAUGUGUGGGGGUGUUUGUGGUGCGGAGCUAUAUAGCACUACAGGUGUCCACAGCCAUGGAUGAAACCAGCAAAGCAGCAGGUGCUGCGUAAGCCCCCCCCCUCCUCCUCCUCCCCCCUCUCUCCUUCUCCUCCCCCCCAAAACCUAACCCAACCCCUCCCUCCCUCCCUGCCACUUCCCGAUGAUGGACGCUGGCUCUGAAGUGAAGACGAGGGUUGGUUGCAGAGGAAAGGCGGGAAGAAAAAAAGAAGAGAAGAGAAGAAGCUUCAGGUCUGCUGUCUCCUCGCCCCCGACCCCCCCGACCCCCCCCACACCCACCAGCCACCAGUCAGUUGUUGCGUUUGCAGAACUUUUCAAUCCAUUCAAAAUACUGUGAUGUAUAGAUGCCUUAAUGUUUUAUUGCAUGACACUCUAGUCUCUUAGCGGCAAUUCCUACUAUUUUUCCAUGUUGGAGGAAGAUGUAAAAUCUAGACACACACACACAAACACACACGCAAAAAACACACACACGCGAAUACACACACACACACACUCAUGCACGUACACACGUGAGGGGGUCUGCUUAAUCGACAACCUCUGCCUGGUGGAUGGCUGGGACACUCUAAGCUCUCCGACUCGGACCUCUUGAAAAGAGGCUUUUUUCCCGCAUCAGAUGAUUCACUGUGUACACCAUAGGAACAAACAAAAAAACAAAAAAAACUUGUGAAUUCAGAGUGUUUUUUUUUUUCUUCUUCUUCUUCUUCUUCCGUUUGAUUUCAGUUUACUGUGAUACGACUCUGUUCAGAAGAUGUGUUGACUUUGUUUUAUUCUUUACUGCUACUUACUUCAAGAAUUAAUGUAAACACUUAUGGUUAAGAGUUGAAAACUCUUGAUGCAGUUUUCAAAAAACACUAAAAAAAAAAGAGAAAGAGAGAGAGAAAAGAAGCUAGGCUUGAGAUUGGACCCCUCAUAAAGAGAAUUCACAACUCCUUUUCAAAAGGAUUGGAGAAAAAAAGAAAAAAAACGAAAGAAAGAAAAGUUGGAGAAUGAGAAAAUCGCGACAGAGGCAAGUGCAAUUGAAUUUUUGAAGGGAAGCUAUCAGUCUGUCAGCCCUAGGACUCUAAAGGAAAGGGGAUAAAAUAUUAAAUGUUUUAUGGAUAAAAUGUUUGAGUUAAAAAAAAAAAAAACAUUUGAAUUUGAUUUCAGUCACAUAUCCGUCUCCUCGCAUGAGAAAAACAUCGAGCUUGAAAGGCAGUUGAAGGCGAGCAUUAAAGCUACCUGUGCAGCGCUGAUCAAAACCAGCACUUAUAUUGAGCCCUCUCCGCCACGGCUGUGGGGAGAUCUUUGUUUAACUUAUUAUUUUUUGGGGGGGUAUUAAAA